GUGUCCGGCCGGUUUCCCGAGAUGGCGGGUUCCGAGAUGCCGCGCGAGACCAGCGAGAGACCAUCGGCUAUCGUGCGCAUCGCGUAUCACCAAUUGAGCGUCAUGUGCGGCACGCGUGAUCCCACCGCGCCGAGUGUCGCGGAUGCGACGGCCGGCGACGCGGACGCGCGCGGCAUGGUGUGUACGCGUCGCCUGCUGGGUCUGCCGAUGUUUGCGACGGUGACGUCGGCGUUCUGCGGCGCGUACGCGGCCGCGCGGGGCUCCCACGAGUCGGUCGCGACGAUCCUGGGCCACGCGGAGAACGGGAUGCGCGCGAGCCUGGAGUUCGCCAGCCCCGUCACCGGCAGAGUCGCCGGCAUCUUGGAGACGCCGCUUAAGAUCGUCGACGACGCGGUGUGCGUUGGCCUAGACUUCGUGGAAGAGAAGGUGCCCUCCGUGAAGCUGCCGCCCGGCCAGAUCUACGCGAACGCAAAGGACGGAGUCAGGAAUAUAUUUACGUCGGCGUUAGAAACCCUCAGGCUCCUGUUUGGCGGGUCGAAGGAUCGGAUAGAGGAUUUGGGUGCGAACGAGGCCGCGCAGGGAAUUCGGAAAAUGUCUAGCUGAAUGGUGAAAAUGCGAGGGAUGAUUUUCGCACUCGGACUUUCGUCGUGGAGUGCGCUGUAUAAUGUCUCGAAUCCAUUUCAGACGAGUUGACUCGUGUCAGAAUUCACGGUACGUAUUAUGAAACGUUUCGGAACGGAUUCCGAUCGAAAUUAUUCCAUUUUCCCUUCAAAAAAAAAAUACACACACACAAUAGGAAUCUAGGAAAUAACUACAAUCGGAAUCCAUUUCGAAAAGUUCCACACAAUACGUGCCCAAAACGGAAUUCUAUUUCGUACAAAUAGAAUUCUGUCCUGAAAUCAGACAUGAAUUUUAAGUCGUCUUAAAGCGAGUUUCAGCACCAGAACAUUGCGAUAUAAAAAUAUAGUCUAUUGAGCAAUGAGUGAUAACGCAAUCGUCUCGAUGAUAAGCAAGACUCGAUGACAAGUGACAUAAACGCGAUACCCGCCGUAAAACGAAUGUCCGUAGCGUUCGACUGCGAUAUAUCUUUGUACGAUAGCUGUUUUACGUUGUUACACAAAUAAAUUUCUCUUUCGUUUUUA